CCCGACUGAAGAGGGCGUGCGAUUCUUGUCGUCGUUCUAAAAUCAAAUGCGACGCAGCUGAGCGAUAUCCGCAACGAUGUUCGAAUUGCGCGGAGAGAAGGGAAUGCACUUUCGUAGAUGGAGCACCUAAGAAAAAACACACGUAUGCUUACGUCCAGAGUCUAGAAGAGAGGAUUACUCAGCUAGAGAACGAUUUGAAUACAAGCACGAACAAGAAGAGGAGAAUGAGCUCUGAGCAUAUUCGUACUCACACUCGCGAUAACGCAUCAGAUUCUGAAUUAUCGCAAUUGGUAGAAUCGAUGUGGUUGGAUGAUGGUACAAAUAGUAACCCAAAGCCUAGGUCCGAGAAUCUCAUAGAUUUCGGCAUGUCUUCCAACAAAGGCCUCUUCGCUUUAGUGGCUGGUUUCAUCCAUUCAGAUAGAGCCAGACCAACCUCAAGUAGUGGGAAGGCUGAACAAUUUGCUGAAGAUGACUUGGUUUGGAAAGAACCAUACAAUAAUGAUGACUUCGGGAGUGCUGAAUUGGUAUAUACCCUCGUUGAAUCGUAUUUCAAAUAUGUAAAUCCAACGCUACCACUAUUCCCAAGUAGACGACAGUUCAUUGAGAACAUUACAGCAAAAAAGCUGGACAGGGAUUUCGGUAGUGUGUUAAUAUUAGUCUGUGCACUGGGAUCCUUGUAUAGAGAUAAUACACAAAACAACGACAACGACAGCAACACGCAACUAUUUGACACAUACCUUCAGAGAUACAUCUCCAAAUGUCCUGAUCCACACCUGCAGAUCUCAAUCUCAAUCUACAACAUCCAAGCCAUAAUCCUGGCAGUACUUGCUAUGCAGAACACACAAAAAUACUUCCGGAGCUGUUGGUCUCUGUGUGGAUUGGGGGUGCUCUUGACCGAAAAUACUAGAUUGCGAAGGUUGCACACUGAAGAAAGUAAGCGCGCGUUAUGGUGUUUGUACGUGCUUGAUAAAUCCUUCGCGGCAAGUUAUGGAAGAAGAGCUUUAAUGGCUCCAUUGGAAAUUGAAUGUCCUACUACAUGUGAUGAUGAGGGUAUUAACAUUGUUUCGCACUUCAACGCGAUGAUCAAACUUUAUGGUAUUGUUGGCGACGUUGUUGAUAUGUUUUAUGCAGUAAAUGGGUCUACAAAUGUGGACGAUUUAAACGAGAAGUUGGAUAGCUGGCGAAAUAAUUACAUUUCAACAACUCAAUUACCUUCUCAAUUUGAAUGCUUGAAAGUGAUUGGAUAUAACGUCGUUAAAAUAUUUAUCAAUAAGAAAUCACUUACUUCUACGUCACAUAAUCUAGAAAUUUGCGUAGAAGCUGCGAAAACCAUACUGUCUACAUUGCAUUAUAUGCAUUGUGAGAGUGAAUUAGUAGUUACUUAUACAGACGCAUUAUUGAAUUGGAGUGUUAUUUCUGCAACUGGUAUCGUGAUGUUAAAAGCCUGUCGUGUCUGCAUAGAUACGAGCAGCACAAGAGAUAUACAACCUCAACUACAGCAUCUAGAAAUUGGAAUGAGAGUGCUCAGAGUGAAGAGCAGAAGUGAUGGUGUAGUCAGGAAGGCUUUAGAGUUGUUUGAGCAGCUCAUUGAUGUUUUGCAACUGCAUACUCGACAUUCCACCCUCGAUGCUUCUGUGACAGAAUGGCUAGGUGAAUUGGUGGGCAGCAGUGCAAGUAUGAGUGCAACUAUGGCUAGUUCUGCUAAUUUAGACGCUGAGUGGAUUGAAUUUCUGAAUGAAAUUUUUCGUUGAUAGAACCGUGUAUCACAAUUGAGUAUUUAUGUAAUUUCUGUUUACAUACGUUGCGCUCUUGACGUCCCAUAUUGAACUCUUUCAAGUAAUUUUGCAACAUUUCUCAUUUGGGCAACCAAACUAUACUUAAACACAAUAACAAUAAUAAUAUACAAUUAUUUCAAACGUUUUCUUCAGCGCCUGACUCUUCCUGCAAAGCAGUUGCUAUAGAUGAGGUUAAUUCAGGUUUCUUGACUGGGAUCUGGGAAGCUAUCAAAGAUCCGCAUGUGUCCUCUAUCUGACUUGAAUUGAUCUCAACAGCCUUUGCCUCUGGUAGUACUUCUGCUAGAACUUCAAUAACGACAUCGAUCAUCUGCAUCUUCGCUUCAUCGUUGAGAGAUUCGGCAAGCUCACUAAGGCCUUUUCUCAUGUAUGAGUGCUCGAACUGCCG